GUGCGCGCCCGCCCGCGUGCCUGCCUCCUCCCUGCCUUCCGAUCCGCCCCUGUUCGCUGACUCAGUGCCUUAAGCAGCAUCGUCGUUCACCUGCGUAGAGCAACGACAUCCUCUCCGGAGAAAUACUAAAACUAACUACUAAUACAGACAUGGCCAAAACAGCGACUGCGUACAAGGAGAAGAUGAAGGAGCUCUCCGUCCUCUCGCUCAUCUGCUCCUGCUUUUACCCAGAGACACGCAACAAGCUUGCUUGCGAGUUUGAAGACAUGGAAGUGAAGCCAAUAAACAAGCGGGCCUCUGGGCAGGCCUUUGAGGUGAUUCUCAAGCCCCUGUCUCCGGUAUCAGAAGUCAUCCACAGCCUGGCAUCUUCCCCCAAGAGAGACAUCUCCUUGGAUGACAUCGAGAAGAAACUGGAGGCGGCCGAAGAGCGGAGAAAGUACCAGGAAACUCAGGUGCUGAGGGCUUUGGCGGAAAAGCGAGAGCACGAGAGGGACGUGCUGUUCAAGGCCCUGGAGGAGAACAACAACUUCAGCAAGAUGGCUGAGGAGAAGCUCCAGAUGAAAAUGGAGCAGAUCAAGGAGAACCGCGACGCCCAUCUGGCAGCCAUGCUGGAGCGUCUACAGGAGAAGGAGAGACACGCGGCGUUGGUACGCAGGAACAAAGAGCUGAGGGAAGAGCUGACACCAUGAGCGACGGACACACCAGUCCCAAGUAUUAUCUCACUUCAUCCAGCCUCACCCAGUUCCCCUUCAUCCAUUUGCUACUCACCCUGCUCUAAGAGCCCUCUCCAGAACAGGCGUGCAAACCUGGAGCCCGAGAGGUGGAGGACCUCACCACCAUCACACACACUCACCCGUCAAUCAAUCAUCCCCUAUCAGUCAGUAUUAGUCAGGAUUUCUUGAUUUUACAGAGGGAUCUUAUUUUGUAAAUAUUGUUUUAUCUAGCUGUCUGUCUAUCUAUCUCUGGUUUCUGCUGUUCAACCACACUUUUCUUCAUUGUAAAUUGGAUGUAGACUGACGUUUGCAAUGUAUUCCUGAUGCCGAUGAUGUUUUUGUGUCUUUGUGUACCUUAUAUACAGACGCCAUGCACGCUUAGAAUGUAUACAAUACAAACAAAACAAACCCUCUGCAAUGAAUGUGAUUGGUGCUUUAUUUCUUAUAGGAUUAAGAAUAUCUUCACCCAAGAAGAAGGGAUGCAGGAUGCUCUAUUUCUAUACUAGAAUAUACAUUCAGCCCACAGUCUCUUUUUUAAUGUACAGUACCACUCAUGUCUGCCUGUGUCCUCUGCUGCUUGUGCCACCUCACCACCCAACCCUCCCUUCAUCAAUUUAUCUGUGAAAGCUUUGCUUGAUGAAUAAACAUUUGGGGUUCUGUGAACAUGA